UGAACAUUUCCAUUUGCUGGCUUUUUGUGGUCGCACCAAAAUGAGGUUUGCUUUCUUCCUCACAUUCCUGGUCGUUCUGGUAACGACUGUUGCUGCAUGGGAAAAAGAAGACCAUGAAAUUUUCGACCUCGUCAGCGCGAUAGAAGCUUCUGAGGGCAAAGGAACGACUUUUUACUCGUGGCUCGAUGUCCCGCACACUGCUACGACGCCGGAAAUCGCGAAAGCGUACAGGAAAAUGAGCAUGCAGCUACAUCCCGACAAGAACCCAAAUGAUAAAAAGAUACACGAACGAUUCGCCCGUUUGGGGGUAGUAUCAAGCAUCUUGAGGAAUGCUGAGAGUAGAAAACGUUAUGACUUCUUUUACAAGAACGGUGUGCCUAAAUGGAGAGGAACAGGAUACUACUAUUCACGGUUCAGGCCAGGGCUUGGGAGCGUGCUGGUGUUCUUGACGAUUCUGACAUCGUCUUUGCAAUAUGUUAUCCAGAAAAUGAAUUAUAGAAGGGACUUAGAACGCAUAGAACGCAUUCGGCAAGAUGCUACAUUAGCUGCAUGGGGCCCCAAAAUGAUACCUGUUGAAGGCCAGAGGAAGGUCAAAGUCAAUCUGUCUGGAGGAAACCCUCGCUACGAUGGAGAUGGAAAUCCCCUUCAGAUUCGGGGUCGUUCUAUUGACAUGGUUGUUGAAGGGAUGAAUGUUUUCAUCCUUGACCCUUCUGGGGAUAUGGAAUUGCUGGAUUCCUCAGCCGCAACGUCGCCGCAUAUCAUGAGAACGUGGUUCCUGGCGCUCGUCAGUGGCGCCUAUAACAAAGUGGUUGCCCGGUCAUCGACGGAUGCUAAUGAUUCUCCUGGAGAUAGUGCUAAUGAGGGGUAUAGUGUUGGUGAUGAUGAUUCGGACUCUGGACGCAGUGGCACCGUAACGCCAAGCAACGGUAACGCGAAAUAUGUCCCCGUUAGCAAAGCCGGCGGACGGAGAAGAAAGGCGACUAAAAAGUCAUCGACGAAGCGAUGAGGAUAUGCUACAUAUUACAGAUACAAUUGGAGUCCUACACAGGUGAUAUGCUAGAGGUAUUAGUAUUCUGCCUGUUGGUAGCAGUCCAGUAAUGUCACUAAAGGGUAAAGAGGAGAGGCCAAUCCGCAGAAUUAACGGGGAUUCGCGGAAAGACUUGACUUCGACACUUUCUGCUUCUCCAGUACGAACCAGCGUACGAGAUCCAGGGUGGCGACAGAGUCCUCUAUUGAAGAAUGC